UCUAUUCCUGCAGUCCAGCUCAAACAUGGCGGGCUGUGGAGGAGACGUGAUGUGCUCGUGGUCCGGAUCUAAGACCCACGGCACAUCCUCAACCCCGGCGUCCGAAGAGGGGAAGCUGAGGAAGAGAAGGAGAGCCUUCUGCUUGGCCAGGAUGAAGUCCCGUAACAGCUCCGAGAAGCAUCAGCUUCAGCAUCAUCAUGAGCCCGCCGCGAACAACAACAACAACACGCCGUUCAUGAUCCACUGCAAGGAGAUCAAACACAUCUGCAGCAACUGCCGAGGAGCCGAGCCGCUGGACGCUGAGGAAGUGGAGAGGUUGGCAGCGAUGCGCUCUGAUUCGCUGGUACCGGGUACGCACACACCUCCCAUCCGGCGGCGGAGCAAAUUCGCCACCCUGGGUCGUCUGUUCAAACCCUGGAAGUGGAGGAAGAAGAAGAGUGAGAAGUUUAAGCAGACGUCUGCAGUGUUGGAGAGGAAGAUGUCCACUCGCCAGAGCAGAGAGGAGCUCAUCAAGAAGGGAGUCCUAAAGGAGGUCUAUGAGAAAGAUGGUGCAUCUCUGACCAUCCGGGAGGAGGUGAAGAUAGAGAAUGGUCGUUCCUCGGUGCUCGGCUCCAGCCUGUCGGAGUCUGAAGGUAGUGAGCUGAUGGAGGGAGUAGCAGGAGCAGCUGUAGGCUCCCUGGAGUUUCAAAUGCCUAGUGAUGCUCAACAGGACCACACCCAGAAAUCCAGUCAGGCUCCGCCCACAAAGAAGUCUAUUAUAUAUCAGGCUGAUGGUGCUGAAUCAACCCUCUGCAGACCUCCAACGCUACACAAACAACCUCCCGCUCUGCCACCCAAGCCUUUCAACAGGCUACCCAAUCACAUUACAGACGGCGCCCCCGUGAAGUUGCCAUGCAUGUCGGCUAAGUUGUCUCCUCCUCUACCUCCGAAGAAGCUCAUGAUCUCCGUACCUGCAGGGAGCAUGGAGCCCUCUUCUAUCGCCUUCCAGAAGUGCCCCGCCCCUCCCAGCCAUGCUCCAAUGGGUGCACACUCACUGCAGUACGGGACCCUGCCUGUUCCUCUCCACCCGCCCAGCCGAAUCAUAGAGGAGCUGAACAAAACCCUGGCCCUCACCAUGCAGAGGUUUGAGAGCUCCAUGAUGCACGCCGUUCCCACGGUGAUGAUCGAGUGCGACGAUGACAAAGAGAACCUCCCUAACGAGGCAGACUACGAGGACCUGCCAGGCAUGUACAAGGAUGAGGAAGAGGAGGAAGAGGAAGACGAGGAGGAAGACGAGGAGGAGGAGGAAGAUGACGAUGAAGAAGAGGAUGAGGAUGAUACACUGUUUACAAGCACACUGGCCAUGAAGGUCUUACGAAAAGACUCUCUGGCCAUCAAGCUGAGCAACCGUCCAUCCAAAAGAGAGCUGGAGGAGAAGAACAUCCUGCCACUGCAGUCAGACCAGGAGCGACUCGAAUCCCGGCAACAGACGGCCACCAAACUGACGAGACGGUUGAGUCAAAGGCCGACAGCAGAGGAGCUAGAACAGAGGAACAUUCUGAAACCUCGAAAUGAUCUGGAGGAGCAGGAGGAGAAGAGGGAGAUCAAGAGGCAUCUGUCGAGAAAGCUCAGCCAGAGACCCACAGUCGAGGAGCUGAGAGAGGCGAAGAUCCUCAUCCGCUUCAGUGACUACGUGGAGGUCGCCGAGGCUCAGGACUACGACAGGAGAGCAGACAAGCCGUGGACUCGGCUAACAGCUGCAGAUAAGGCUGCCAUUAGAAAGGAACUAAAUGAGUUUAAAAGCACAGAGAUGGAGGUGCAUGAGUCGAGCCGUCAUUUGACCAGGUAUGGAAAAGUUACACAGAACAGCUAAUGAAACAAAGCACUCUUUGUUUUGCUUUUUUGUUAAAUGACGUGUGUUGGGGAAGGUGCCAAAGUAAAGGUCAUGGUGGAGUUCUGCUAUGGACAGCAGUAGUUUUAAGAAGUCUGAUUACACUUUUAUAGCUGCCUCAGCCUUUAUCAGCUAAAGCCUCACGUUGUCAGCUGUAGCUGUACCAUGCUGCGCUGCCUCCAGAUUGUUAAGCCCAUAAUUAUGAGCAGCCAAGUGUGAAAUCUUCAAAUUACUUUCCUAGUUGUUUUUUUUUGACGCAAAUGCAAUAUCUCCUACUUUGCAAGUAAACCAGCAGAGGUGUUAACAUACUGGUAGAAUCAUGCUGAAGUCACAGGUGCUAAAAUCUGGUGUUGCCAUUAAAAAUAUAGGCUGACUGGAAGUGAAGGUUUUCCUUUCAGGGUAUCCUGUCAAAUAUUUGCUCAGUGAAAAAUUCUAAUUCAUCAUUUGGGUUUUUUGGCUUCUUCUUUUGUCUCCCCUCCUCUCAGUUUUCGAGAGCAAUGGCAGAAAAGAGGGGGAGCUGUGCUCUUACACACUGUGAGAUCUGCUAUGAUGUGUGGUUUGGAGAUGGUGGUGCUGACAAAAAGACAGGAGGCUGAGCUGGAGGUGUCAGAGUUAAAUAUGUUGAGGUUUUCUUUGGGAGUGGCCAGACUGGACAGGGUUAGAAGCGAGCAUAGCAGAAGGAAAGCUCAAGCUGAGUUUCUUGGAGACAAAAUUGGAGGCAAGGCUUCCCAUAGGGCCAUGCUUGAAACAGCUGACAGGGGCCCUCACCAUGUUGGCCUUUUUUGUUGCUGGUUUGGCCUGGAGUCUUGCCAAGAUGCUAGCUUUUUACGAAUUUUACGAAAGAACAGGGGACACUGUAGAAACUCUUGGUUUUGGAGUAAAAAGCAUCUCAUACACCGACCAUUCCACACAUCUCACAGGUAGCCAUUCCAGCCUUUCCAUCAGGGUAGGUGUAGACUUGUCCAACGUUCUUGAUGGGCGGACUGGCAGGGAUGGAGGGUGCCACCUCAUCCUCACUGUCAUCUGAGCUAGCGCUGCUGGUGGACUCCUCGCUGCAGCUGUCAUAGCCAUCAAACAUCCCGAAUGAGUCUCGUCGCUUACGAUCUGAACCCGGGGUACGAUCAGCCAAAUCCCUUGUGUCUUCCUUCAGCCCUUCGUAUAAAUGCUUUUCUAGUUAUCUGCACCUAGGGGUAGAACCUGGCUUUGAAUUUUAGUCUACCUAGCAGGAUAUCGACAAAUUACUCUGCAGCCGAGAUGGUUUUGACAUCUUCAUAGGAGGGAUAGUGGAUACGUUGGACAAAGGACGUUGAAGAUUGAACUUCCAGGCUCAUGAAUGAAGUAGUUUAAGUAACUUUAAAUGGUUGGUGCCAGACAGGCUGCUAUGAGUAGUUCAGAUUUUCAGGGAUUUUCCUGCACAAUCAUCUCUGUAGUUUACACAGAUGGUCUGAGAAAGCGAAAAUAUCCAGUGAGCAGCAGUGCUCUGGAAGAAAAGGCCUUGUUGAUGCUGGAGGUCAGAUGAGGAUGUCCUGACUGCUUUGUCUCCUUUUAGAUAAUUUCAUUGUGUCAGAAUAAAGAACAUUUCUUCAAACAUGCUCAUUUUCUCUUCCUG